GCUUGUGUUGAGGGUACUUAGAUAACGAUAUAUAUAAUAUAUAAAUACUUAAAUACAUAGAAAACACCCAUGACUCAGGAACAAAUAUCCAUGCUCAUCACACAAAUACAUGCCAUUACCAGGAUUUGAACCCGGGACCAUCAGCUUCGUAGGUAAUAUAAUUAAAAAAAAAAACCAACUGUAGGCUAAAAAAGGAAGGCCGUUAAAACGUAGGAUGGUCACCCCACGGACGUCCGCGCAUAAGCCUCUUGUUCAGCCGUAAACCCUCGCAACUCACAAGUAAUCGAAUGUGCGUACGCGUCGGCCGCCUGUACCGCCUCUGGAGAAUCAGGCGCAGCAAACAGUUCAAAGUGAUUCGGAGAUUUCGGGGACUGUUUAGAACAUGAGGUGGUGCGCUUGCGCAGUUUUGCUGCUGCAGAUAACCUGGCAGUGCAGCAGCCGAGCUUUUCCCGAAGAAAACAUCAGCGUGUACACUGCCAAUACCACUACGGGGCAGGGAGAUGUGUAUCAUCAGAUAGCCAAUAAUAUCGCUGAGAGGAUCACCUCCCCAAUUUAUAGGUUCCUGGGCAUUGGUACAAACAAAACUGAACCAACGACCAAGAAACCAUGGAUCAACAUUGAAUCCUUCGACGAACCUGAAGACGUCGCCAAAACAGACCUCAAACCACUCGGCAAUGGGCUUGAAGAACGCGACGUUGAAGAACUAUCAGUAGAAGCUUUGAAGAAAAAUGAUAAGAAACCUGAAAAAAUCACACUUUAUUCCAGUUAUCUACCUUCUAAAUUAGAAACACUUGAUAACAAAGAAAAUGAUACAAUAAAUGAAGUUGAUGAUCCGUUUGAAUUCGACGAUGAUGAUGAUGAUUUCGCUACUAAACCUAGGGAAGGCGGUUUUGUGUAUUACUUAGAGCUUUUAGGGAGCUUCUUCCAGCUAGCUUUAGGUGCUGUUUUGGCGAUAUUUAAAUCGUCAUCUGGUUCAAAUUAGGUAUUAAUAGAUUUUUAGAACUUCUAGUCGUGAGUAAGUCAGUAUUUUUGAUUAGAGAUUUUACCAGUGUAAUAAUCAAUAUUAAGUGUCAUAUUUUACAAAUUAUUUUAUCAAAAGCACAUAAAAAUAUCAUCCGUGUGUUUACAAGUUACCAAAACUUUUAAUUCGUUAAUUAACACUGUUAUAUCAGAAUUUUCUUUAUAGGUACUUCACAAAUGUUAGGAAUACAAGUACAAUUUUUCAUCAUCAUUUCUUUGUUAACGGUUUUUGUAUUGUUUAAAUUUAUUUUAAUAUUAAUUGUAUUAACUAUUGCGUCAAUUGUUAUGUUGGGUCUCAGGUUGUUUUCAUAUUUGAAUCCUUUUGGUAUCAAAUUUGUUGAUUUAUAUAUUUCAAAUUCAUAAUUGUUUUUUAUAAAACAAUGUAAUAUAUAAGUAAUGAAUCAGUGCCAUCAUCAUCAUCACAAAUAGGUAUUAUAAGCAAUUAUAUUUUGUCUUGUGUGUACAAUUAUUUAAUAAAUGUAAUAUAAUUAUUUUCUUUAAUAACAUUUA